AUGUGAAUUGGAGAAGAUUGAGCCAUGGCUGAAACUUCAAAAGUCGCGAGUUUUCUGCGUUCGUUGCCAAGUGAUGGAGGGAUUCUUGUCGGAACCGAGGAGGAACUGCCGGAGGGACAUGAGCAGGUCAUGCUUACGGAGAAGCCGUACCGCAACCAGAGCGGGGCGGCCAGCCGCCGUCACAGCCAAUGCUCUGCUGGCGGCAAUAAAUCUGGAACACCGCUGAGCAACUCGCGGAAGCCGAAACGCAGCAACAGUCAAGCAUCAACGACGACUUCUGCACUCACUAAGCACAUCUUGGCGCGGGAGGAACAGAAUCAACGCCGGGCGUCGGGUGGUCAACAGAACCGUAGUAGGCAGCCGACGCCACUUGAUACUGCCAUAAGGAAUUUUCAGCGGACAGCAAGCGCUAUGUAUCGAGACAAGACGUUUUUCGAGGACAAGGACGACGAUUUGGAGACAGUCUUGGACUUGACAGAGAACCGAGAGGAAUGGGACAGCACGGGCCAGCGCGCCUAUGAAAGAGCCUGUGAGAAAUACGGGGCGGUGCCUUCGCGGCGGUUUUACAAAGGCUUAGCGGAUGCCACGGAUAUUGACAUGAGUAACUAUGGGACGGGACCUCGGGGGACGAUGGCGGUAGCCAUCCCAUUGGUGAUCAACAGCAAAUGUACCACAUUGAACUUAGAUGGCAAUGACAUCAACGAGGAAGGGAUUAUGUACCUAUCUGGGGUGAUGGAGGAAAACACAACAAUUACGCAUCUGAACCUUGCCAACAACAAUCUGCGAAGUUUCGGCGCGAAACGACUCGGGGAGAUGCUGUCGACGGCGAGACACAUAUCAUACCUAAACCUAGCAGGAAAUAACUUUACAGAUCACGAUGCUUCUGUCCUUACGCAUUCAUUAGAGUUCAACGUGGGACUAAAAGAACUGCUAUUAGGACAUAAUAAAUUUGGAGGUGAAGCCGGUGAAAUAUUUCGAAAAUUCUUAACUGAACAUCAACAUAUCGUUGAACUUGAUUUAAGUUGGAAUCGCAUCCGAAACCCAGGUGCUAUCAGAAUUGCCAACUCUCUCAGAGACAAUCAAGGCCUCACUAAACUAAAUCUUGCAUGGAAUGGUUUUGAAGACGACGGUGCAAUUGCCAUGGCGAUGUCCUUGAGGAGCAAUACGACCUUGAAAGACCUUGACCUUUCGUGCAACAGGGUCAACGCGAAAGGAUUUAUUGCGCUGUGCAAGGCAUUUUCAGAAAACCACACAUUGAAAAAUCUGGCUUUAUGUCGGAACCCUAUUCCUGAUGAAGCAGCUGAAGUCGGACUUACAUUUUUGCAAACUUUGGACGAGCUGUCUCUGUCUCUGGACCUGCGGGACGUCUUCUUGAAGACAACAUUCGAAGAAGUAAUAGCCGGUGUCCGGCAAGUCCACGACAAAUUCCAGUGUAAUUUCGGUUACUCUGAUUCCUACGGGAAGAGGAAGCUUAAUCAAUACAGCGCCCUGGACGAGGCUUUCCGGUAUCUCACCUCUUAUGUAGUGGAGCAUGGCAUACAGCUGGUGGACUUGUUUGCCAGGUUUGAUGUUGACGGCAGCAUGAGCGUGACGUAUGACGAGUUCAAAGAAGGGCUGAGGGAUGCCAAAAUCCCGUUGACACCUCUCCAGGUUGAGCAGUUGAUCUUGUGUUUGGACCAGGAUGGUGACGGAGAAAUAGACUUCAGCGAAUUGGUGAUUGGUUCAGAGGAGUAUGAACACCAGAAACGGACAGCAAAGCAGAUUGAGGACAAAUUGGCCGGGAGCGAUACAGCGUCCAAUCCACGAUAGCUGCAAUGGCGGAUUUAGUUCUAAAGACAAGAGUUCGUUUUUUAAAGAAGGAAAAUAAAGACAAUGAAAACUUUCUAUCAGCACUCAUAUUUAAACCGAUGCGAUGGGGGUGAUUGCGCGGGUUACGACUAGUAUGUAUAAAGACAGUCGUCUGUGCAAUGUUGAAUUUCAGCUAGACAAUUAUGACAAGCGGAUCACAUGGAUGACUUCGAACUUGGGAACUUUCUGUUGCGAUCAUGUAAGCAAUUACCUUGUGCCACUUUUAUCAAUCAUGUCAGUAGUAUCAAUCCGAACUGUUUUUCGGCAUGUCUGUCUUGAGUUUCCACAAUCAAGGACUUUUAGAAGUAUGUGGCUGCAGACUGAUAGUUAGUUAAUUAGGCAUUGCUGGUUCAAUUAGUGUGCAAACAUUGUGACCAGGAGAGACUUGUCGCUAUAGCCACGAAUAAUGAAUAAUUAUAUAUUUGUUUGUCAUAUCAUG